AUGGAAAGCAAUCCAAAGAAGUCUCCUAAACUAGGGAACCCUGCGGAUAUUCCUGAUGCAAAAUAUAUUUCUGGACUCAGCACAAUUCUGGUUGCGACGAUACAGGAAGCUAAAGACCGUAUUUCUCAGAUAGAAUAUAUAUUUUGCAGUCAGCUCUUUCCAAGAUUUCAAUUAAAUUCUGAAAGCUUGCAGAAAAUAUACUACGAGGCGAGGGAAGCUGCAGAAGGUGCAUAUAAUUAUAAGCAAAAGGAGAAGGAGCUGCUGCUUCAGAUCGAGAAGCUUCUGCAUCAAAAGGAUCAUGUUCUGGAAGAAAAUCAAUCACUCAAGUUAGAGAAAGCAAAAUUUACAGACAUGGAUAUACAGUCUCGUAAUCGUCUGGAAGAACUUCAGAAAGAGUUGAAGCAGCGAACUAUGGAAGCAAAUGAGGGGAGGGAAGCGCAACAGAAUCUACAGAAGCUUCUAGAACCCAAGUCAUCCCUCUUGCAUAGCUAUGAGAUGACCACAAGAGAGCUUGAAGAAAGAAAUGCCACGCAUAUACAGGAGCUAAUGAAGAAAUCAAAGGAAGUUGAUGAGGUAAUGGAGCUACAGAAUAAGCUUCUCCAAAUGAAUGAAACAGCAUCCACUAUGAUAGUAGAGAAAGAUGUCCAGCUGAAGGAGUAUGAAGAGAAAACCAAUGGGCUUGUUUCAAAACUUGAAAAUAUGGAGAACAGAGUUAAUGAGCUGCUGUUGGAACUUAAAUGCAAGGUGGAAGAAGUGGACAAGGGGAAGGAAUUGCAAAGUAAUAUGCUCAAGAAAAUUGAAUCUCAAUCCUUAGAGUUAAUGAAUAACGAACAACUGCUGAGUAAGUACAAGAAGGAUAACUGGCUUCUUGCAUCAGAAGUGGAACGCCUGGUGAAUCGUUCGGAUUCCAUCCAGAAAGAACUGGAGACGAAAAGCAUUGAACUGGAAGAGGUAUGUAAAGUGAAAGUGCAGUUGCUAGAACAAAGUGACUCUUUUAAUGUUGAGAGGAUCAAGAGAGGGCAGGUGCUGGAGGAACUUAUGGAGGAGAGGAAGCAGCUUUUGGAUAAACAGAGGGAAUUAGAAAAUGAAAUUGAGGUUAAAGAUUCUGAGUUACUGGCUGAAAAGAAUAAAAAAAGGGAUGUUAUAACUGCGUACAAGAAGCUGAAAUCUCAAUACAAUUAUCUCCUCAAAAAGUAUGCUCUUACUUCGGAAGCUGCUUUACCUCUUGGAAAAAUGAAAGAUGAAAAAGAAACAAUUGGGUGCAAUCAGAAUCUAGUCGCAUCACAUGUUAUGGAGAAAAAUAAAACUUCUGGUAUUACCGGUGAUGUAACAAAAAGACUAGACAAACAACGAUUACCAGAAGAUGGGAAAGGACGUACAUUUGUUCAAAGAUCUAGCCUCGCCUCACCAUCAACUUCAAACAAUAUAAUUGCCCCAAAAGGCACCAACAUAAAAUCCUGUCCCGCAGCUGGUGCAAAACGCCCUAUUUCUUACUGGAGGGACACGAGGUCGCACCAGAGCCAUGUAGGACCCGAUCCACAUGAUAAUUUCCUGGAUACUCCUCUCGAAAAUGUGAGGCAGAACUUGGGGAAGGCUGUAAAGGAAGACGGCGAUGAUAUGAAUGUCGAUGCCGGGCUGCAAAAUCCACACGUGUCCCCACCCAAGACUGAGAAAUCGGGCUUCAAGUAUGUGGGGCCCGUACGUAGGAAAUCCGAGAGGGAAAAUAUGGAAGGCGUCGAGUGCAAGCAAUGCAAGAAGUUCUAUGAUGCUGUUCUGCCCGGUUCAGUUGGCGGUGAUAAGCAGAAGAACAUUCGCUGUGAGCAUCAUGAUGGAGUGUCUCGGCACCGGUAUAGGUACGCUCCUCCUUCGACUCCAGAGGGGUUUUGGAAUAUUGGAUUUGAAUCUGAAAUGUGAAAUGUAGGUCUUUUGAGUUAUUUGUAUAUUGCAUGAGGAAAAAUAAGAGUGGCAACAUU